UUCAAGGACAUGACACAUGAAUGGCGAACACUCAAAAAAAUUUGGUAGAAAAGCUUGAAAACUGUUUCCGCAAUCGUAGUCACCCGCAUCAACGUUUCUGAAAAAAAAACAUAAUUCGAGAUAAUCGCGUUUUAAGUUUGCACUACGCGCCCAUAAGGGAGCGAGGCGCAAAACGCUUUAUCUUUGCUUGUACUGCUUGGAUCUCUAUGAAAAUUUGACACAGCAUUCUUAAGAACCCAUACUUUAAGAUAAAAGAAUGAAAAAAAUCGAUUUCGUGCUCGACCUCAACAAAUAUAACCACUUAAGACUACUCCAAUGGUCUCAAUCCAUUGACCAUAAAACGUGACAUAAGUUUGUGUGCCGCGUUGGGGAGUGUUAUUACUCUGAAUAUUGUGCCUCUAGUAUAUGUCCCUUAUUGUAAAGAGGACAAAUGGAACCCUCCAGUCAUCUUGCAGGUAGUUCUUCUUCAGCGUGAAAUAAAGAAUUUCGUACAGCUGCUUAUAAAAUUCGGCUGGGAGCCUAGUCUUACUGUUCUUCAGCUCUCUCAUUCCUUUUUUUUUGCCUCAUGUAGCAUCGGGAGCCCAUAGCUUGUCCAUCGUCACUGCUGCUUAACCCUAAUAGGAUGUUGGAGUCAAUAUGGCUUAGACAGGCUCGCUGAACGUGCAGCACGCCAUCGUGGUGUGUCUACCUGGGUAGAAGAAGAGAGUUCAAUAAGAACAUAUUUUGAUAUUGAGAUCAACAUUUGAAAUUGGUUUGAUUGAUACAAGUGAUAAAAGAUUUAAAGAUAAUAUCUAAUUUACUCCUGGAACAUCAUUAUCAGAUCAUAUCUUGUUUAUAAGAUCUAACCUAUAGCAUGAAGUACCAAAUUCUGAUAUUCUUCAGAAGCUCCAGGAGCAUUUUUUUCGAUAUUAUUUUCAGAUCUUUUAUCUCUUAUAUCAAUCAAACCAAUAUCAAGUUUUGAUCGUCAGUACUUCAACUCUACCCGGGUAGCGUAACAUCUUAGGAGAGUUAUCGUGUACAUUGACAUAUUCUUGUGGCAAUUUAAACCAAAAAGGAGGAAUGCCUAUGUAUUUUUCAUUCAACAGUUAAAAUACCGAUGCCGCCCAAAUCAUGCAACAAAUGUCUAUAUACCUACAUAGGGAAUUUACAAAAAAUAUCGGCAAAAUGUAGUAAAUAUGUACUAGUUUUGAUAUAGCGCGGGAAAGGUAUGAUUCUUCCAACCAGUCUACUUUCCAGUGCCGCUUGUGAUUCCUACAGCUAGAACCGACACCCAGCUCCAAAUAUAGCCCCAUCAGCACCCGUUCUCACGCACGGCUUCAGACACAUUCUAAUUAAUUUCCUCAAGUUGGACUCUAUUUUGUAUGGCUUAAACGUCUCCUAAGACCUGACACCUAACAAUGAUGUACUGCCAUCAUUAUUGCUCUGCGAGUAAAAGACAGAAAAGGCAGCACCCGUGACCUAACCCAAACCUAACCAACAGACCGUCCAACCGCCCGCCCAUUGGAGACCAACGAUGAUGUUCGUGUUUAGUAUUCCCGGAACGGCACGGUGUGCGAACCUCCGGGGACCGCUGGUCAUAUCCGAGUCACCACACCGAAGAAGACAAAUCAGACGACGACGGGGUGAAACCCUUGAGAGGAGACGGGGUCAACACGUUCGUCUAGUUUUAUUCAAUGAUCAGAAAACGCGAGUUGAGCAUCCACUGCCGGUUGACACGACGAUGGACGCUCACGUUUCUCCAUUUCCGUCCUUAAAGUUAUAAAUUGUAAUUAGGUGUCAGAAUGGUGCUUUUCCCAUUUUACGCUCUCUCGGUUUUCCAUCCGUGUGGUUGGUUUGGACUCGUUGCGCAUCCGGGUGCGGGUGGUUUUCCGGAACUGAACAACCCAACAACCGGCAGCAGCAGCAGUAGCAGAAUCUAGUUUACACGUUGUCCUCCUGUCUGUGUGACACCCGAAGUGUGUUUCUGCGGCCAGCGGUGGUGAGCAAAAAAUGUGGAAGGUGGCGCGGGGCGGGCGUUGGGGACAAACCCCUUGUUGGUUUGAGGUUUUCUGGAACAAGGCGAGCAGUGGCCAACAUUCCAGUCUCUAUUGCUUCAAACGGGUGGGGAUGAACAACAGUGUUCAGUUGUACGUAGAUACCUUCAAAGCCCCGUUUUUGUGUGCUUCUGCUGCGAGAACGUGCAAAUGUGAGAAAAAGUAAGCUGUUUGUCUUUGGUAUUUUUACAUUUCGAAACGUGUCGUAGUCACGAUUCCGAGAGUGGAAGAUAGUUGGGAUUUUUACUUUGUGGUUGACAAUCGUGCUCACGAACCAGUGAAAUCGUUUUUGCGGACGUUUCCAUACUCUGGGGAAUGUGCUACUGCACACACGAGUUGUGUCCUGAAGCAGGUCAUGCGGAAUUUUGCGACUGGUGAUAUGAUAAUAAAAUUUCAUGUACUGUUUUUCUUUCAAUCUUGUUACACUAGUGCUUUCAAAAUCUUCGAAAAAGCCCAAAAGUAAUUUCGAAAAAAAAAUACUGGAAAAACAAACCUAAGAAGGUUUGAGUUUACCGUCAAAUAUUUGAUGAUCUCGGAUAUCGCGGAAAAUCGUAUCCCGGGACACAACUUGUGAGGUGGAGCCUGGCAGCUUAUAAUCUUCGCAGCAUGCUUCUGUCUGGGCCUACAGUCCCAAGUCUUGAGCCCCAGUUCAAUACGCCAAAAGAAAGCCACCGAUGGCAUCCGUCACAAGCAACCGAGUCAAGACCACCAGUGUCUCUAACGGGCCUUUUCCGUGGCGUUCCGUGCCGUACCAUAACUAGUACGUGGUUCGUGGUCUUAUCUAGGUUUUUGCACUGCAAAAUCGCUUCAGCAAUAAGAUCUCUCACCUCCACUUUUUCACCAAAGACUUCUUCCACCAAACAUUAAUAAGCUAGGUCCUUGCACGUUGUAUCCUUCCUGAGCACAAGCAUCAUUUGAGCUGUACAAGUACGUCUGGUACUGAGUGCAUCAGCUACAAAAACCGUAAGCUUAGCGUCACUCCUCAUUGCUUUGAAGACUUCCGAAUAUUUGGACUCGUCGGUCUGUUUCCUAAGUAUUUUGUUAAUAUAACUCAAGCGUGAUGACAAAUGGGGAACAGAUUUCCCGAAAAAGAUCAACAACCCAAGAAAACUUUCAAUUCAGACACAUUUCGCGGCGGUUUCGCUGCACGCAUAUUUUCAAUCUACUGCAAUGUUAGCCAAUCGAGGUAGAACUGAAUAAAGAUUUUUUUUACAAUUUUCAAAGUCAAUCCUUAACACGUCGAGAUAACAAAAUACUAAAGGUGAACCGUUCAGAAUUUGGUCCAUGACCUUAUGAAAAAUUGUACCCCUUGACGAUGCAUUUAUCGGCUGUUCGAGCCCGUAUGAAGUUGAUCAUCAAUAUUAACUUCUUUUCUCGAUCAGCCUAGAUAUGUAGCUGUGUAGUGUCGGUAACGAUUGUCUCAAUUGGCAAAAAAUAACACUACGAGCCGCCUGUUCCGGUGGUCCACCAACAAGUGACCCCUUGUUCAUGGUGUGAUGCGGCUAUAUGCUUACCGUGCCUAGGAAUGAAUGGCUAGGAGGGUCUAAUAAAAACCUGACCGCAAAUGGAGCCUGUGAAGUAUCAGGGUGCCCUCCACAGUAUGUUGCACUUACUGUGCUAACCGGAGCAAUAGCGCAGUGGACCUUGUGUUUCUCUGAGCCAAUCAGCUGCCCUUCUUUAGUCUCACUUGAGGCUAAAUAAGGACGGGAUUAUGAAGAUGUUGUUAAUUAGUAAAUUUUCACCUAUAUGGUUUCACAUUAUGCGAUUUACACAGUGUAUCUCGCCUUUGGCGUUUUCCAAUAGAUAUCGAUCUGGUUUUGUUGCUGCUGUUCUUUGUUGUGCUGUUGUUGCGAAGAGUUUAAUCUUGUCUAGUUUGGUAGUGGCUACGGUUAGGAGAGCACAGAUCAAUCUUCAGCAUAAAAGAACAGCAACAAUCAAUCUUUGCAAACUUAUGCAAAAUGGUUCAGCCCAAGUGGCCUUGGUCCAAGAACCUUACUUCCGUAAGGGGAAUCUCUAUUUAGGAAACUUUGUGAACCCGGAGUUUGCUACUUUCAGUAAACAUGAAAUGGCAAACUCGCGUGUCAUGCCUCGAGCCUUUGUGCUUGUCAACAACGCAAUAGUUGCUACACACAUCUCUGAACUAACCACCAGAGAUGUAUGCGCUAUCACAAUUGAUGUAUCUGUUGAAAACCUCAACAGGAAAUACGUCUAUUGUUCGGUUUAUUUACCGCAUGAUGAACCAUCCCCUACGGAUGCUUUCAAACAAGUCAUCGCAUACUGUACUUCAAAGGGCCUUCCGCUAAUUGUUGGCAGUGAUGCUAAUGCUCACCAUAUCAUCUGGGGCAGCUCAGACAUUAACUUGAGAGGCUCCAGUUUGAUGGAGUACUUAAGUAGUACAGAUCUUGCAUUACUUAACAUAGGCAACCGCCCAAGCUUCGUGGUAUCUGCUAGAGAGAAAGUGUCAGACAUAACGCUUUGCUCUAGUAGAAUUAGUCACGAGGUGACCAAUUGGCAUGUGUCAGAUAAAGAAUCUUUAUAUGACCAUCGCUACAUCUUUAUUGAACAUUUAAAUGUUACUUCGCAUACAUUGCGUUUCAGGAAUCCCCCGGUCAACAAACUGAGAUCUUUUUACUGACUUGGUUGCGUCCAAAUUUCAUGGAUACUCACCAUCCAUUGACACUCCAAGUGAUUCAGAUGAUGCCGUUGAUACUACAAUGACCUUCAUCAUGGAAGCUUUUGAAGAAGCAUGCCCUCUACGGUAUGUGAAGAUCACAAGAGGAACCCCUUGGUGGAACUAUGAUCUGGCGAAACUCAGGAAACAAUGUAGAAAGAGUUGGAAAAGACGACGUUCGGCUGGUUCGGAGGCUUUCAGGUCGGCUCGCAAGGCCUACAGGAAAGCUCUCCGGUCUGCUGAACGAUCCGGCUGGAAAAACCUUUGUACAAAUGUUUCCAGUUUGAGUGAAGUCAGUCGGUUAAAUAAAAUCCUUGCGAAAUCUAAAGAUUUCCGAGUGAACGAACUUCGUUUGCCAAAUGGCGAUCUGGCUUCCUCUGAUGAGGAAGUUCUGGAAUGCUUAUUCAGCACACACUUCCCUGGAUCUUCGGAUGAACCUGAUGUCUUUUCUUGUAGUUACGACUCCCUGGCUUCGGCUCGGAGUAUUGUACAGAAAGGAACGAUUGAGUGGACACUUAACAGAUUUGAAAGAUCUCCUGGGGCAGAUGGGAUUUAUCCUAUUUUGCUUCAGAAGGGAUUUGAUCAUUUCAAACAUGUUUUGAAAAAAUAUUUGUUAGCAUUUUUGCUACAGGGUAUAUUCCCAAAUCCUGGCGGGAUAUUACUGUGAAGUUUAUUCCGAAAGUGGAUCGUACGUCGUAUGUAGAAGCAAAGAGUUUCAGAUCUAUCAGUUUGACCUCUUUUAUUCUGAAAUGCUUAGAACGCAUUGUGGAUCAUCACAUCCGUGAUGUUCAUCUGGCCAACGUGCCUCUUCAUUAGAAUCAACAUGCCUACCAAUCUGGUAAGUCCACUGUGACUCUUUUACACAAGAUAGUUUACGAUAUCGAGAAAGCAUUCGCUGAAAAGCAAUAUUGUUUGGGUGUUUUCUUAGAUAUCGAGGGUGCCGUGGUCAUGGUAUAUCUUUCAUUAUUUCCAAUUGGAUUCAUGAAAUGCUCAAAAACCGAUAUCUCUUCUCGACAUUGCGUCUAGCAGGGAUUAGGAAAUUGAGUGUUUGUGGAUGCCCCCAAGGAGGAGUCUUGUCACCGCUUUUGUGGAAUCUCGGAGCGGAUACGCUAUUGAGGCAACUCAAUAAUAGCGGUUUUCCUACUUAUGGUUUUGCCGAUGACUACCUAGCAUUGUUAGUUGGUAUAUGUAUCACCACCCUUUUCGACCUGAUGCAAAGAGCCCUUCAGGAAGUUGAAGGUUGGUGUCGCCAAUAUGGCCUUUCGAUUAAUCCGAGUAAAACAUCUAUUGUUCUUUUUACAGAAAGGCGAAACCGUAAUGGCGUUCGACCUUUGCGUCUCUUUGAUUCUGAAAUCGAUGUGACUGAACAGGUAAAGUACAUUGGAGUCAUUCUUGAUUCCAAGCUUUCCUGGACACCUCACAUUGAGUUCAGAAUCAAGAUAGCUUAUAUGGCCUUUGGCCUUUAAAAGGCUCUACAGAUGAGGAUGGCCUUCGGGCAAUGCCGGCAAACCUUUGAUACUACUUAGGGUCUAAAACCCAAGUAUAUCAAAUGGAUCUACACAACUGUGGUUCGGCCAAUAUUGGCCUAUGGAUGUUUUGUGUGGUGGCAAAAGGGCGAAAUGAGAACGAUCCAAUCAAAGUUAGGCCAUCUGCAAAGGAUGUGCUUGAUGGCGAUGUCUGGAGCGUUCCCACGGCAGCACUCGAAGUUCUCUUUGACGUUGCUCCACUACCCGAGCAAAGACCAACAACAAAAUUACAGCAAAUCGAAAACAUGAUUUGUAUUCAGCAACAAAUUGAUAUCACAUUUUGAUAUCAUUUUAUCUUUACUUAAUUUGAUUUCAAAUUUUGCUUUCGGUUUGCUGUCAUUUUGAAUUAAUGUAAAUAUUUAGUGUUACAAUAGUUUUUAAAUCUUUUAGUAAACUAUGUAAAAUUAUUCUAGGGA